UCUGGAGUCCAAAGAAAAAAGGAGCAGAGACCGAGGGUUCUCGGCCGGGCGUCUGGCCACGCCCCUCGCGGAGGCCUAGUGUGCGCACGCGCAAGGCCCCCAGUCACUUUCACGGGCCCCGCGGUCACUACCCCUACUGCUGCCGCCGCCUCCAGGCUGCCCUCCGGGAUGCCCACUCCCUUCCUGGCCCCAGCCCAGGCCGGAGCCCCGGAAGAUGCUUCCCAGGGUCCAAGAGCGGCAGCCCCUCAGGCCUCUGUGACAUUCCAGGAUGUGGCUGUGGACUUCACCUGGGAGGAGUGGGGGUGUCUGGCCCCUCCUCAGAAGGAGCUGUACCGGGAUGUGAUGCUGGAGAACUACCGGAAUCUGGUGUGCCUGGGACUGGCUGCUUCCACACCAGAAGUGAUUGUCCAGCUGGAGCGAGGGGAGGCACCAUGGAGGCCUGAGGGAGGUGGUCCUGGAAUCCACCCUGCAGAUUGGGACAUUGGGCCUGAAAACAAGGAACCAGUUACCAAGGUGGACCUUUCUAUGGAAGAAUCAUUCUCAGAAAGAUUCACAAAUAGUGGUGUCUGCGUCUCCAAGUUGGAAGAAACCUGGGUAUGUGCUACCAGGUUAGAAAGGCAGCAGAAUAAUGAAACUACAUCUCUAAUAGUAAAAAAUGCCCCAAGGAAACCUCUUAAUGAAAUGAGAGGCCAUGACUAUAGUCACUGUCCCAGAAGUGCUCAUUUGGGACCAGUUCAUUUUUCCCAACAAAGAAUAUCAUUAGGAAAUAGUCUCCCUAAAUGUGAUACAUAUGGAAAGAGCUUCAGACUAUAUUCAGCCCUCAGAAAUUGUAAUAAAAUAUGCUCAAAAAUUUUCCCUAAGUAUAAUGAGGGUAGGAGGUCCUUCAGUUAUAAUUCCAACCUCAUUGAAAACCAUAAACUGCACACUGAAGAAAAGCCUUAUGAAUGUCAUGACUGUGGGAAGGCCUUCCGGUGGAGCUCACACCUUGCUCAACACCAGAUAACACAUACUGGGGAGAAACCCUAUGAAUGUAAAGAAUGUGGAAAAGCCUUUGGCUUGAGUACAGGGCUGACUCGACACCAGAGGAUUCACACUGGAGAGAAACCUUAUGAAUGUAAUGAGUGUGGGAAAGCUUUCCUUCUGAACACAAACUUUAUUGUACAUCAGAGAAUUCAUAGUGGAGAAAAACCUUACGAAUGUAAUGAAUGUGGAAAGGCCUUCAAUAGGAGCACCCAACUUACUGUACAUCAAAGAAUUCACACUGGAGAGAAGCCAUAUGAAUGUAAUGAAUGUGGGAAGGCCUUUCGACAGAACACAGUUCUUACUGAACAUCAAAGGAUUCAUAGUGGAGAGAAACCCUAUGAAUGCAAUGAAUGUGGAAAAGCCUUCCGCCAGAGCUCACAGCUUACUCAACACCAGAGAAUUCACACUGGAGAGAAACCUUAUGAAUGUCAUGAUUGUGGGAAGGCCUUCCUUCUGAGUACAACUUUUGCUGUACAUCAGAGAAUUCACACUGGAGAGAAACCUUAUGAAUGUAAUGAAUGUGGGAAGGCCUUCAGCUGGAGCACAGAACUUGCUGAACACCAGAGGAUCCACACUGGUGAGAAACCUUAUGAAUGUAAUGAAUGUGGGAAGGCUUUUUGCCAGAGCUCACAGUUGGCUCGUCAUCAGGUAAUCCACACUGGAGAGAAACCUUAUGAAUGUCAUGAGUGUGGGAAGGCCUUCCUUCUGAGUACAACCUUUGCUAUCCAUCAGAAAAUUCAUAGUGGAGAUUAACCUUAUGAAUAUAAUAAAUACGAAAGAGCCUUCAAUUUGAGCAGUGACUUUACUCAGCAUCGGAUUGGAGAAUAUAUGAUUAGUUAUGUGAAUGUAUUUAACCUUGGAAAGUCAGCACCCAGAACAUACAAUGGUACAUAAGAUAUUCCACAGUAGAAAGUUUAUUGUAAAUGAGGAAUUAUAAAUUCCACAGCCAAUGCCUUCUCAACAUAAGUUUAUACUGGAGAAGAAACAUCUUCAGUUAGUGAACAGAGCUUACUCAACAUCCUAGAAUCACAACUUGCAUAGCACAUAGGGAGGAAAGCUUUAGGAAUGUAGUAAACUCAAGAAAGAUUUCAGCAAGAGCUAGUCUUUGACUGAAAGUUAAUGAAUGCAAACUAUAAGAAAACCCUAUAUUUGAAGGAAAUCUCUAACUUUUACUGUUCUAACCUUAACCUUAGCCAUCUCCCCUUAUUUGCCAUAUUUGCAACAGCUUAUUUUUUGCCAGUGUAGUCUCAGUACAUCAAGAGUUUCUGUCAUAUUAACUCCAUUUCUCUAAAGUACUCAGAAUCAUGGGCCAUUUUCCCCUCCUUCCUUCCAUUUCCAGAAGAAAAGUUUUAUUUGCUCUUUGCUAAAGCAAAUUCUUUUUUUUGAUCCUAUCCUCAUAUGUCUAUUCUAAUGCCGUAUUCCAGCAAACAUUCCUUUCUUGUGCUUUUUCCUGACUGAGGUCUCCUCAGUACUAAGGUUUCCAUUUGUGUCCCUCUACUCCAUCCAGACUGUUCCAUCUCCCUUUCAUUGAAAAAAACAUUGAAAACUCUUGUCUCUGCACUUUCUUCUUUUUUUUCAUCUGUCACCUGAACACUUAGCAAUUGAGUUUCUAUCCCAAAUAUUUUACAGAAUUAACUUUCAAGAAACAUAAGACUCCAAGCAAGUGGUUGAAUGAGAGAUUGUUUAAGCUCAGUUCUCCUCCAUCACAUGCCAGAAUUAAAGAAUAACCAGAUACAACACCACCUAGGAAAAAUCAUUAGGAUAAAGAACAGAAAUGCCAAUAACAAGAAAGAUUCAGCAAUCCCAAAGGGUUUACAAUACAAGGACUAACUAUUAUGCAGUCACACAAUCUUUUGGGGACUGAAAAUGAGAGGAAAAGCACUAUAGCAACUACUAUGAGGUCUCAAAAUCAGGGAACAAAGGAAAACCGUUCUGGAAUGGUUUUAGAAAGGCAGUUAAAAAAAUAAGGAUGGAAAUUAGAGUAGAAAUUAGAAUUCUUAAAGAUAUGAGACUGACAAGAAAGAUAACUUAGAAUGGAGAUUUUCUUCAGAACUCUUGAUUCUCUGAAAAGAGAACCACAGAUCUGAAACCUUAAAGUGCAACAAUGGAAUUUUAGAACAAAAUAAGACUUGUAAUAGCUGGCUUCUCUAGAAGCCAUAGCUGACCUUAAAGAAAGGAUACCCCCAAAUAAUCUGAGAAUUAGAGGUUUUUCAUUAAAAUACAAUGAAAUAAACUUCCUGAAAACCAUCCUUUAGUAAAACAAAGAUGAAAACUGCCCCCUCCCCAAUACUAAAAAUGUAGAGUUAAGUAUGGAUCAAUAGAAUCCAUAGAGUGCUAAAAGAGAAAUUUGAAUUUUAGUUCCCCCAUAAAUGUGUAGGUCUAGCUUCAGAACUUCAACAUUAAUCAAAAAUUCUUGCAAGCACCCAAGAUGAAACCUUUUAUAUUUUCAAGGAAAAGCAAACUAAGUUGCACAAGACCAUUCCUUGUUCACAAGAAAGAACAACAAAAGGAAUAUAAUACUCUGACAACCAAAGCAGAUUAGUUUGCACACAAAAGUAACUUCAUGCAAAAUUGAGUUUGACCAUCAAUGGAAAAAGGUUGACUUUAAGUAAAAGAGUGCAAUUGGAAUUUCUUUCUGAAGAAGCCACGGUUGAGCAAGACAAUUGAUUCACACACCUAUCAAAGAAAUUUAAACAAAGUAAAUGAGUCUAUGAUAGAUGGCAUGACAAUGCAUAGGUUACCUUUGGACUUAGGAGAGCUGGGUUAGUUUUCUGACAUGUUUUCUGUAUGAUUUCAGGAAAGUCAUUGAUCUCUGAGUGCCCCAGGCAAUUCUAAUAUUAAGUUUUUCUUUAAUUAUUGAUCUUCAUCUUUGGAGGGCAUUCUAUACAAUGGUAAAAUUACAGGUUCAAGUAAAAAAAUCCAUAUAACAAGAAAAUCCUAAAGUAAAAAUGUUUGUGUCUAUAGAGCUAGGGAAGACUAAUUUUUUAAGAAAAAAACUAUACUAUUGGUGGCCUUUUUCUUGGCCAGUGCCUUGUGGGACUACUACAACCCACCUCACCAUUUCUUGUGACACUGAUAUCUGAACUUCUGCCCACAGAAGUAAGUCCAAGCCCUUUUAUAGGAAUGGAUAGUUAUUACUAUAUCCUGGAAUUAAUCCAGGCCAUGCCUCAUUUUGAGAGAUUCACUUCCUAAGUAGGAAAAAAAAAAACACUUGGAUUUUGCAUAAUGUAUUAUAAAUCUUUGCAUGUUAAGCGUUUUCUUUGAAGAAGUUCCUAACCACUUGUGAGCUCCUUACUGGCCUAUUAACAGUUCAAUAGGCAUUUUUCUUCUCUUGUGACUUGCUAGAAGCUUUAUUGGCUUUGAGUGGUUCCCCUUCUUACUUACCCAUACACACAUGAAAAUGACAGUAGCUUUUUCUAUAAUUAGGCUCAGGAUAAUUAUUAAAUCUGCUUUCUUGGGGCAUGCUACCCAACCUGAGAUAACAGCUACCUCUCAAAGUGUGUCUCAUCUUCAUGGUAAUUAUGAACAAUUGCCCAAGACACGCCUUCUGUCCAUAUAAUGACAGCUGUGUCUAAGUUUGCUGAGGAAGUUGAUUGCAUGCAAGGGCUGAGUUGCCUUGAAGACCAGUCAUUUUGGAGAAGACUGACUAUAGGCUCAGGUACAUGUUUCCUGGUCAAUGAGUAGUCUCCUAAUCAUUGAAGCCAAAGCAAAAGGUGAGAACUUGUCUUCAGAAGGUGAGAAAUGAAGCCUUUAAUCCAUAAGAAAGGGUAAACCAGGUUUUUACAGUACUGCUGAAGAUGCAGUUGCCAAAACUCACUGACAUGAAAGACUGAACUAGGAACCAUCAUUGGCUCCUGGGGAUUAUUAAAGGUAGUUGCAUUUCAUCAAUCAUCAUCACUUUGAGACCCAGCUUCCUGUGCUACACCCUUCAAUAAAUCCCAAUACUUGAAUCCCUAAGUUGUGUGUGGUAUUGGGUUUUGCUUCUGUAGGUUUAAUGAUGUGAUUCCAGUAACACAACUCAUCCAUUUAGAGAGCUUUUGCUGCUAAAUGUUGGGGAAUGAGCAAAAGAGACUGAAUGAGAAGGAUAGGGUUGGUAUAAAAACCAAAUAGUUCUCAAACUAGAAUUGAUACUCUGGUAUUUGCAAAUUUUAAAAAAAUUAAAUUUAUUGACUUACACAAUAAGCCUUACAACUUUGUACAUCCUUAAAAUACUUGCAAUUUGCAAUACAUCCUCUUUUUGCUGCAAUCACUCAUUUUACAUGUAGACAGAGUCCAUGAGAUUUUUGACACAUUUGCUAAUUUUUCAGGAAACCACAUUUCUAUCACAUUGGCUAUUAAGUGUUCUUUUGAAAAAGUCCAUUUUCCCAGGAUUAAUCUUGAUUUUAGCCCACAGGAUUUUAAAGAAAUUUAUUUUUAGUUUGAAUUUAAACAAUAAAUAAAAUAGGUAUUUUCAUAUGCAAAAUAGAACAGAUAAAGGGGAUUGUCCUCAAGCUGUAAAUCACUAUGAUGUACUGUUUGCCUUUUGAGAAUAAAUUCAACCUUUAGCUUC